GCCGCCCUGUGGCUCCUCUCGCGGAGGCUGGUUCCUAUUUAAAUCUAGGUAGCGAGGAAAAUGGCGGCGAGAGGCUGAGUGUGGGGGAGACGGGGAGAAGGAGACGUAGCUGAGCUUUGGCUCCUUUCCCAGGCAUUCCUACUGGCUUCUUUUGCAGAGAGAACACAGUGCUAGGAUGUGACUUAAAAUGACUUCUGAUUCUGAAGGUCCUCUGAAAAAUAUGCUGUGCUUGAAUGUUUGCUAAGUACAAGGCCCCUGUUAGGACAAAACCUUCCCAGUUGCUGUGUCCUAUUUGGUGAAUAGGUCUUUCAUCUACAACUACUGAGAACAUGGACAUGAGGGAAUAAUGCUUGAGUUGGAGAAGGAAGCCAGUGCAUUGAAAGACAAACUAGCAGAAAGCAAUCUAAUAGAUGUUGUUAAGGUAGUAGUUUUCCAAUUUGUGUGAGGGUGAGUUGCUGAUGCAUGGUCAAGAUGAGUGGAUUAGGAGAAAACUCCUUGGAUAGCUUGACCAAUGAGUCAAGGAAACGCAAGCCAUUGCCCUGUGAUACACCAGGUGCAAGUCUGACCUGCAGUGGUGAGAAGCGUCGGCGAGAGCAGGAAAGCAAAUACAUUGAAGAACUGGCUGAGUUGAUAUCUGCUAAUCUGAGCGACAUUGACAAUUUCAAUGUCAAACCAGACAAAUGUGCUAUUUUAAAAGAAACUGUGAGACAGAUUCGACAGAUAAAAGAGCAAGGAAAAGCAGUUGCUAAUGAUGAUGAUGUUCAGAAAGCUGAUGUAUCUUCUACAGGUCAAGGAGUUAUUGAUAAAGAUUCAUUGGGACCUCUUUUAUUACAGGCAUUGGACGGUUUCCUGUUCGUUGUAAAUCGAGAUGGGAACAUAGUAUUUGUGUCAGAAAAUGUCACACAGUAUCUGCAAUAUAAACAAGAAGAUUUGGUUAAUACGAGUGUCUACGGUAUCUUGCAUGAAGAAGACCGGAAGGACUUUCUUAAAAACUUACCUAAAUCUUCAGUUAAUGGAGUUGCUUGGACCAGUGAAACACCUAGACAGAAGAGUCAUACAUUCAAUUGCCGGAUGAUGGUGAAAACCUCUCAUGAUCUUUUGGAAGAUGUAGGCAGCCACCAGGAUAUACGUCAAAGAUAUGAAACAAUGCAGUGCUUUGCUUUAUCUCAGCCAAGAGCUAUGAUGGAAGAGGGGGAAGAUUUGCAGUCCUGUAUGAUUUGUGUGGCACGUCGUAUCACAACUGCAGAAAGGGUAUUUCCAACAAAUCCAGAGAGCUUUAUUACAAGACAUGAUCUUUCAGGCAAACUUGUCAACAUCGAUACAAACUCAUUACGGUCUUCCAUGAGACCUGGCUUUGAAGAUAUAAUUCGUCGGUGUAUUCAGAGGUUCUUAUGCCAUAAUGAUGGACAGUCAUGGUCAAACAAACGCCACUAUCAUGAAGCUUAUACACAAGGUCAUGCUGAAACACCAUUGUAUCGGUUUUCUUUAGCGGAUGGUACUAUAGUGACAGCGCAAACAAAGAGUAAACUAUUUCGAAAUCCUGUAACUAAUGACCGCCAUGGAUUUGUCUCUACCCACUUUCUUCAAAGAGAACAAAAUGGAUAUCGGCCAAAUCCUAAUUCAGUUGGGCAAAACAUCAGAACACCUGUGGCUGGAAACACAAAUUCUGUUGGUGGUCUUAUGAACAUGUCACCUGGUCAAGGCAUGCCAAUGCAGAACAGGAGCUAUGGUAUGGGAGAUCCCAAUGCAGUGGGUCAGCUCAGCAGCACUCGAUUUGGAGGCCCUGGUAGUAUGGGACCAGUGAACUCUGGAUCCGGAAUGCAGUCCUCUGCUUACCAGAACAACAGUUAUGGGUUAAAUAUAAGUAGCCCACCACAUGGCAGUCCUGGUUUAACUUCUAACCAACAGAAUCUAAUGAUAUCUCCUAGGAAUCGAGGGAGUCCAAAAAUGAGUUCACACCAGUUUUCUCCAGUUACAGGUAUGCACUCUCCAAUGGGAUCUGCCAGCAACACCAGCAACAGCACUUUCUCUAGCAGUUCUCUUAGUGCUCUUCAAGCCAUUAGUGAGGGUGUUGGAACUUCCCUUUUAUCAACACUUUCUUCACCGGGUCCAAAAUUGGAUAAUUCCCCAAACAUGAGCAUAGCUCAGCAAAGUAAAACGAGUACCCAGGACUCCAAAAGCCCUUCUGGUUUGUAUUGUGAACAAAACCAAGUGGAAAGUUCCAUCUGCCAGUCAAACAGCAGGGAUCUCCUUAGUGAAAAAGAUAGUAAAGAGGGAAAUCUGGAGGCAUCUGAAAGUCAGAGAGCACCAUCUGAAAGCAAAGGGCAUAAAAAACUGCUUCAGCUACUCACAUGCUCCUCGGAUGAAAGGGGACAUUCUACAGCAUCAAACUCACCUUUAGACUCAAAUUGUAAAGAAUCUUCUACCAAUGUUACCAGUCCUUCAGGAGUUUCCUCAUCAACAUCUGGAGGGGUAUCUUCUUCCUCAAACAUGCAUGGGUCACUCCUGCAAGAGAAGCAUAGGAUUUUACAUAAAUUGUUGCAGAAUGGUAAUUCUCCUGCAGAGGUAGCCAAGAUCACAGCUGAAGCUACUGGUAAAGACACGUAUCAUGAUGCUAGUAAUACAACGCCCUGUGCAGAAGGCACUGUCAAACAGGAACAGCUGAGCCCAAAGAAGAAGGAAAACAAUGCUUUACUAAGAUAUCUGUUAGAUAAAGAUGAUGUUAAGGACCCGCUGUCCAAAGAGCUGAAGCCUAAAGUAGAAAGUGUGGAUAGUAAAAUGGGACAAUGCAGUAGUUCUACAAUUCCUACUUCUAGUCAAGAAAAAGAGAUGAAAAUAAAAACGGAACCAGCAGAAGAGAUGAGUGGAGACUUGGAUAAUUUGGAUGCAAUUCUAGGUGAUCUGAGUAGUUCAGAGUUUUACAAUAAUGCUAUGUCUGCAAAUGGAAAUAACCUUGGAACAAAGCAAGCAUUAUUUCAAGGAAACGCCCUAUUGGGUAUGAGGAAUCCCCAGUCUGUGCAGACUACCCGCCCACCUUUCAACAGAGCCAUGUCUUUAGACAGCCCUGUGGGCUCAAGUGCUCCAGUGAGGAAUGUCAAUGCGUUCACCAUGUUACAAAAGCAAAACUUGAUGGGUGGAAGUCCAAGAAUGCUUGAAAACCAGGAAAAUUUUGGAGCAAAUCUGGCAAGUGCUCCCAACAGAAAUGUUGCGAUGAAUCAGCAUCAGUCAGGAGACUGGGGUUUGCCAAACUCAAAGGUGAAUAGAUUGGAACCUCCAAGUUCUGCUUCAAUGUUGAGAGCAGGACCCGAGUUUAGUGCGUCCCUUCCCAGACCCACGGUGGGUGGCUCUAUGUCUGGGCUGCCUGUUCGCUCUAAUAGCAUACCUGGUACAAGACCAAUGCUACAACAGCAAAUGAUGCACAUGAGGCCAAAUGAGAUAAACAUUGGCAUGGGGGGGAAUCCGUAUGGACAGCCAGGACCAUCUAAUCAACCAGGAUCGUGGCCUGACAACAUGCUGUCCAUGGAGCAAGCAUCGCGGGGUUCACAAAACAGACAAUUAGUUAGAAACUCUUUGGAUGACCUCUUAUGUCCGGCAUCAAAUAUGGAAGGCCAGAAUGAUGAAAGGGCACUGUUGGAUCAGCUGCACACACUGCUGAGUAAUACAGAUGUCACAGGUCUGGAAGAAAUUGACAGAGCAUUAGGAAUUCCUGAUCUUGUAAACCAAGGACAAGCUUUGGAACCUAAACAAGAUUCAUUUCAAGGUCAGGAAUCUUCUGUUAUGAUUGACCAGAAGCCUUCGUUAUAUGGUCAGCCCUAUCAAGGGCAAGGGGCAGCAAUGCCAGGAGGUUUUAGUAACAUUCAGGGACAACAGCCAUCCUUUAAUUCAGUGAUGAAUCAGAUGAGCCAACAGAGCAAUUUUCCACUUCAAAGUAUGCAUCCUAGAGCAAAUGUGAUGAGACCUCGAACCAAUACACCAAAGCAGCUCCGCAUGCAGCUCCAGCAGAGGCUUCAGGGGCAGCAGUUUAUGAAUCAGACCCGUCAAGCGCUUGAAAUGAAAAUGGAAAAUCCAGUCAGUGGUAAUACCUCAGUGAUGAGACCAGUUAUGCAGCCACAGGUGGGAUCACAGCAGCAAGGUUUUCUUAAUGCUCAAAUGGUGGCUCAGCGUAACAGGGAGCUAAUAAGUCAUCAUUUUAGACAACAGAGGAUGGCAAUGAUGAUGCAGCAGCAACAGCAACCUCAGGCCUUCAGUCCACCACCAAAUGUGACUGCCUCAGGAAGCAUGGAUAGUGCUUUGACAGGCCCUCCAAUGGCUCAAGUUCCUCCACAGCAAUUUCCCUAUCCACCUAAUUAUGGAAUAAGCCAACAAGCUGAUCCUGCAUUUAGCAGAGUGUCAAGCCCUCCCAACCCAAUGAUGUCAUCAAGAAUUGGACCCUCACAGAAUCCUAUGAUGCAGCAUCCUCAGACAGCAACAAUGUACCAGUCCCCUGAGAUGAAGGGCUGGCCGUCGGGAAGCAUGGCCAGGAGCAGUUCUUUCCCACAGCAGCAGUUCAGCCAUCAGGGUAAUCCAGCAGCAUACAGUAUGAUGCACAUGAAUGGCAGCAGUGGCCAUAUUGGACAGAUGAAUAUUAAUACAAUGCCUAUGUCAGGGAUGCCUAUGGGUCCAGACCAGAAAUACUGCUGAUGCCUAGAACAACAUCUUCAAACAAGAAUGUGCUGUAUUAAUGGUGCACUAGUAUUAUAAAGGAAAGCUACGCAUUCUUCAUGGCAACUAGUACUGGCCUUACGGAAAUAACUGAUUUUUCCUGUUAAUCACCAUACUGUCCUAAGUUACUUCAUUCAGAGGAAAAAAAAGAACAAACAAACAAAACCCCACAACAAACAAAAAUACAUUUUAGCAGAAGCAGUCUCUGUAUUACUGUAUAUUGUGGUGUACAGAAAAGGCCAUAAAUAUUUUUGGCGCUCUGCCUUUGGAAAUGUGAAUUUGGCAAUGGCAUUUUAGUAGAUAUGAUGGGUAGACUCCUGGUAUACCUUAUCUAUUUACUGUAGCUAUCCAAAGCCCUUGAACUACAGGCAGACAAAAGUGCCUGGAGAAGUCAUGGUGGUAAGAAUUUUCUGAUUUCUCUAGUAACAAUAUCUGACAGAGAAUGUAGUUCCUAGCCUUGACUCUUUUAUAUUAAUUCCUGAAUAUAAAUGCUGCUUUUAAUCUCUUACCCCCAGAGUCAGGAUUUCCCAAGCAAAGUAGCAGUGCAAAAUGAAUUGGCACAUACUAGUCCAAAAUCCUGUCCAUUGAAGCCAAGGGGUAAAAAGAGAGGAUAAUAAAUUUAAAUUAUUUAAACACAAUUGUGACUAAUAUUUACAUAUUGAUGUGCAGCUGAGUGCACUUUAUAAAAGACUAUAUAAUGGAUUAAUGCAAUAUCUUUGAUAAAGACUUAAUAUGAAGGUAGGGUGUACUCAUGUUCCUUCUCAAACACAAUCUCUUAAGAAUUAUUUGAAAAGACUGCAUAAUGUAAUGUUUUCUGUGUAUGGAAAUUAGAGCAAUAAUCUUUCACCUUUUUGAAAAUAACUUCAGAAAACUCAAGGCAAGGCACUGCAGUCUGAAUCAGAAUUUUGCAGUCUUUUUGUGAAUAAAUUUUGUAAAUAUGAUCUUUAAGAUAAUGUAUUAUAUAUAUGACUUUUGUAGGUCACUAACUCAUUUUUGCAGAGUUUGUGAAGCUAAAUAUUUAACAAAAUUGAUUUCUGUAAACUCAGUGUAGUUGAGGUCCAAAUAGAAUUUUUGUUUUUUAAUUAACUUUAAUGACUUUGAAGCUGGGUGACUUUGGCCCACAUCUUUCUCUUCUUUGGUCUUCAACACGUCAUUUAUUUUUACAUCUUUAACAUAUAGCUUUUUAUAAAAGACCAGUCGUUAAAUGCUUUCUCCACCUGUGAGCACUUUGUUACAUUUCUUUUUACAUAAGGCAAUUUGACAAGAAGGCUCUGCAUUGUAAGAUGUUAUGACUUGUCAUGAUGGUCAUGUCUUUCUAUAAUAUGUUGCCUUUUCAGUUGAUGAAUCUGAAUUGUGUCAUUUUGGUCAGUUUUAAUGAAUUCUAAAUGUUCUUCAAAAAAGUGUGUCUGUUGCAAAGUAUUUGUUGUUACAUAACAUCCAGAAACCUUUAAGGAUAUUAAGCCACACUUUAACCAAAUGUCUGCACCUCAUUGGAUUGUUCUAAUAGAAAUGAAUGUAUUUUCUAAGCAGGUUUCUCUCAUAUCAGUAUUUAAGUCUGGUUACAAAUUCAUUCAUAUUAUUUGCUGAUAGGGUUGUUGGUUCCCUCUGCCCCCCCCCUCCCCCCCCCCCCCCCCCCCCCGGUUCCUUGAAAUGAAAAGCCCUUUGCAGUUUUUCCAGUUUCAGACAGUUACAAUGAGUCAAACCUCUAAACUUCCAUAAGGGACGACCCAGGAAUGCUUAAGAUGUGUGGUGCUUUUGUUCUGUUGUUCACUGUGUAAUGGAAAACUGACUUCUCCAAGUGAGUAAAAAAAAAAAAAAAAACCAAACAAAAAAAACAAACACCUGUGUUCUUGAUUGCUUCUUCUUGGUACUGUAAGCAAGAGCUGUUUUUUUUUGUUCAGAAUAUUCAGUGAUCUUCCAUUUUAAUAGAAAUAACUAGAAAUAUUCUCAAAAAGUUCAUCCUUAGCAUACAGCCAGUUGUGUUCCAAAGGGAAUGUAGAUUCAAUCAAUCUACUUUAUGCAAUCCUGUCUCUGCAAUUAAUACUGAGUAUAUAGUGGUAGUAUUUAUUUGAAACCUUCAGUCCAAUUCAUGUGUGUUUUUUAAUGCAAAACUUUUAAAAGCCUAAGGAACUUUUAUCUUCUUUUUUAUUUCUUAGAACAUAUCUAUUUGUUGAGUAAGUGGUGCCUACUGAAGUUGAAAGGCAACAAUCCCUUGCUUUUUAUAUCAAAUCAGAGUAGAACAAUCUUUAUAUUUUGUAGUUGUUCAUUAUAUUGAUGGAAACUACAAACCCUGAUUGCUUUCAUUAGGUGAGCUCUUAGACUAUAUACUACUUUAUACAUUGUGCCCUUUUAAUUUUUUUUUAAAUGAGUGAUUCUAUUUAUACAUCUAUGUAUAACUGGUACCUGACUGAUGUUAUUAAAGGAUCAUCAUUUUCUCAUCUGUGUUUAGAAUGUUGGAGCUUUCCAGUAUCUACUUUUUUGCUGAAUCCAAAGAUUUUUAGUUUACACUUGAUUAAGGGGGGGGGGGGGGGGGGCAUUUUUAAAAUGCAUUGAUGAAAUCUUUCUUGGCAGCACUGAUCAUAAAUACUACAUCCAGUUUGAAAAUCUUACCUACUGCAGUAAAUAAGACUGACCUUGAAAUUUGUUGACAUUUAAUAUCUCCACCAAUUCUGUUUUGAUUCUAUAGCAGCAGAUUUUUCUGAAUGUUUGUAAAAACACUGUGUAACAUUUUUCAACAGUAAGAGAAAAAUUAGCUAGUAUAACCACCUCUGAUCACUGCUGCAUAAUGAGCGUCGUUUUGCUACAUGUCUCUUGCUCUUUUGAUCACAGAAACCAUGUUUUUAUAGAAUUCACAUGCAGUAUUUUUUUCCAAUCUUGGCCUAAAAUACUGCUUUUAAAAUUAGAAAAUCAGGACCAUUUUUCAGUCAUAAGACAAAAACUAUUUGAAUGUUGUACCAAUUAGCACACAUUUUAUUUUAGAAUUUAUGUGCAGACUACCAGAUGACAGAAUGAUACAGCAAGUAUGAAACCAUGUAAUUCUGAGAGCAAUAUUUUAAAAAAUUCUCAGGAGAAGGCAUACAGUAUUGAGAAUUGCAUUUAAGUUUAGUUUACAUUGUAAGUAUUGCUUGGAAUAUCUGUAUCUUUAUUUUGCAAAACAGAAAAAUCAUGGGGACUGAUUUAUAAAAGAGUUGGUUGUAAGGUAUUACUGCUCUUCUGAUUUUUGUGUUUGGAUGUUAAUAAUAAUGUAAAUAAAGGUUUCUAUUUAAAAUCAGAA